AAGGUUUCUUUCUUGGUUAACUUUAUAUCUGUUUAAAUUACACACAAAAAAAAAUACAAAGAGAUAAUAAUCCUGAAAUUUCUUACACUUCCAAAAUUAUGGAAAGCGACGUCACAAAAUUACCAGCCGUAAUUUAUAAAUUAAGAUAUAUAAGUUCACUUUAUAAAGCGAAUUUUAAAAUAUAUAAAAUACAGUUCAAAAUAGAACUAGAAGAUUAUGCAACUUCAUCUCUUCUCUAGCCUUUCAUAUUCAAAAAAAUCAAAAUGAUAUUUUCUACAUAUUGUCAUGAUUAUACAAUCUAUAUUUACCGCAAAAAGAUAGGUAUGAAAAAGAAAGAAGACAAUAAUGGAACAUUACAAAUUCACAACAGAUACUUUAACAUGUAAACUUAUAUCCUUCCCUUUUAGUUGCAUUAAGAAGAUUUUCAAGACUCACUCAUCAGACGAAAGGCUAAUUACAAUAUUUACAAAAUUAGCGUUUGCAAAACAUAUUUACAAAUAACACCCAUUAGUCAUUACUCAUCAGGGUAACAUCUGAAAUUAAUAAAAACUAAAUGGACAAAUAUGUAAAUAAAGAAAAGAUAGGAAGACCCCUUUUACUUAAAUUUGACUUGGUACACGCUUUCUCAUUCAGACAGUCUCCUUCUCUCUCUCGCGAAUCACGCUCUCUGUCUCUCCGACACUGUGCUUGCUAAGUCCUCUGUUGCAGUCUCCAAUAAUGGCGUUUUCUAAGCCACUUUUCUUUCUCGUCCUCCUUACGCUCUCCCUUUCCCGUGAAGUCGCUUCUUCUUCUUCCUCCUCCUCAGAGAACAAUGGCUGUAGUAAUGGUGCACAUGAACACUGUUCGGUCGACGAACUCAAAUCCACCGUCUCUUCUCUCCAAUCAAUCAUCAAGGAGAAGAAUCAAGAACUGCACAGCAAAGAGGAGCAGAUUAGAGUAUUGGAGUUAUAUAUCCGGGAGAAGUCAUACUUGUUUGAGACUGACAUAGAUUUUAUUCAAUCUGAGAAUCCUGUGAAGCACGGGAGUGAAGCAGAAGAAAAGGUUUAUGAACUUGAGAAGCAGGUACUGAGACUUAAAGGGGAAGUGGAGUUACAACGUAAUAAAAGGCUCCAAGUGGAAGCUCGAGCUGAAACCGCAGAUGAGAAAGGUGAAGAGUUUAGCUCGAAGGUAGAAAAUAUCGAUAUGAAGUGGUUCUUCUCUAAGCUUGGUCUUAAACCGAACAAAACUCAGUUGCAGGCAUAUCUAAAGACUCUAUGGCACCAACAUCUUAGUCCAAAUCUUCAUAUCACUCUUCAACAGGUUUCCUUGAAAAUUAAACAAGUCCAGAAAUGGUCAGAGCCUCACAUUGAAACCAUGAACUCAAAAUGGAUUCCAAGCAUCAAAGAAGCUUGUGUAACAUUAACCAUUUAUUUAGAACCAAAGGUUCACUAUUUAACAGAGAAGUCCAUCGAGGUGUUAUCUAUGUCUAAGCAGGCUUUCACGCCACAUAUCAUCCAAGGCUUUGAUGUCUCAUGCUACUAUCUUGAGGUAAUUAGGACACAUACAGCCCCAUACACAAGCCAAGUUAUGACCAUAGCGAAACCACACUUGGAGAAAGUACAAGUCGCCUUAGAGCCAUAUACAGAACACGUAAGGCAUGGCUUUAAAAAGUUAGUUGACUCCACCAAAGUCUACCAUCAGCAGGCUCAAGAAAUGCUGAAGAACAAUGAGAUUACAAAACCGGUUGCUACCAUGGAUUUAGCUUGGGUUGGGGCCACAGCUUUGAUUGGUUUCCCUCUCAUAUUCAUCAUCAAAUUUCUUUCUGCUGUCUCCAAUCCUAAGGGGAAGAGGAGAUACACCCAUAAACAAGAACCAAGCACUGGAUAUCGACGGGCCAAACGCCGUCAUCCUCACCAUUGAAACAAUAUAAACUAUAACUUCAGGAGAUCAAAAAGGUGGUUUGUAUUUACCUUUUUGGAUAAGACUUAUUACAGUUACUAGUUUUAGCUGAAGAUGUUGAGUAGAGCUGUUCUCUCUCUCUAUGUAGUGACAAAUCUUAGAACAAUUUUCUUCAGUCAAGAGAAGAGAAAGAAAAGAGUUGUAAAACUUUCUCACAUUAUACAAAGUACACUGGUUCGGGAAAUUUGACUUGGCAUGUUUAUCUAUCCAGGCCCAGAUCAAUUGGGCUUGUACAAUUCGAACUAAAAAAGCCUCUGUA